GCUUGCGGUCUGUCCCAGCCCCGCUGCAGCCCGGGUUGGUCUCGAGGGGCACAGGCAGGGGCUGGAUCAGCUAAGAGCGGCGGGUUGUAUCUGGUGUUGGCAAGGGUGAGGCAGAGAUAUGGGCUCCUAGGUGCGUCUGCUUUGCAAAUAAUCAUAAUCAUGACUAAUUGUAACCACAGGGCUGAGAGACUGCGGCUCCUGCAUUGCAGUUGCUCCUAACCCGAGCUGUUUGAAAUUGUUGCUUCCUCCAUUGUGAGCCAGGAGCCUGGGGCUGAGCCGCUGCUGCUCCCCCAGCUGGUCUUUGCGGGGAGAGCCCAGCCGGGGACUUUCUGCGGGGGCUGGACCCAGCCCUUGAGCCUGCAGGGAUGAAUUAGUUGCGAACCUGUAGGUGGUCAGGAACUUGGGAAGAAGAGAUCAUGAUCUGAUAGAAUUCAAGAUCCUAAGGAAAGGAGGGCCAACAAACCAAGGACACUGGACUUCAGAAAGGUUUUCCAAUUCCCAAGCCCGACAUGAUCUCCUGGAGGAAAUGGAGAAAAGAGCUGUGGGUCCCAGACUCUCAGAACUCUGAGGAAAAUGUGACCUUGAGGAACACCCUCACAGCAGGUGAUGGGAUGAUGAGUAAGAUUAAGGAGGAGAAUCUUGAGCGGGAAGGUCCUGAGGAAGUGGAACCACACGGGACGGUAUUGGGAAGAUCCAAAGGAAAUGUUUCCCAGAGACCCAAGCAUGGUGAAGCCUGUAGGAGUCGGUUCAAGUCAGAAAGGCAGAAGGGAAACCAGCCAAGGAAGAAAUGGGCUGAAUCCACUCAUCCAGGAGAAGGUUUGGAGGAUCCUAAAGAGAGCAUGAUCCAGCCGAAGAUCCACACUAAAAAGAAAUCGUAUAACUGCCCCGAAUGUGGGAAAAGCUUCACUCAGACAUCAAAUCUUAUUAUACAUGAGAGAAUCCACACAGGGCAGAGACCCUAUAAAUGCCUUGAGUGUGGGAAAAGCUUCAGGCAGAGAUCAGACCUCAGUAAACAUCAGCGAAUCCACACUGGAGAGACCCCUUACAAAUGCCCCGACUGUGGGAAAAGCUUUAAGCAAAGAUUCAGCCUCAUCGUACAUCACCGAAGUCACACUGGAGAGACCCCUUAUAAAUGCAAUGACUGCGGGAAAGGCUUCACCCAGAGCACCAACCUGGUUUCACACCAGAGGAUCCACACAGGAGAGACACCCUAUAAAUGCACCGACUGCGGGAAAAGCUUCAAGCAAAGAUUCAGCCUCAUCGUACACCAGAGAAACCACACUGGAGAGAGAGCCUAUAAAUGCGCUGACUGCGGGAAAAGCUUCAAGCAGAGCUCGGAGCUCAUUUCACACCAGAGAAUCCAUGUCGGAGAGAGGCCCUUCAAAUGCACGGAGUGUGGGAAAAACUUCAGUCAGAGCUCAGGCCUGAUUAGACAUCGGAGAACCCACACAGGAGAGAAACCCUACAAGUGCAUCGAUUGUGGGAAAGGCUUCAGUCAGAGCUCGGGACUUAUUAGGCAUCGGAGAACCCACACGGGGCAGAAACCCUAUGACUGCCUUGAGUGCGGGAAAAGCUUCACUCAGAGCUCAGCCCUUAUCGUACAUCAGAGAGUCCACACAGGAGAGGCACCCUAUCGAUGUUCUGUCUGUGGGAAAAGCUACAAGGUGAAGGACUCCCUCAUUUCCCACCAGAAACUCCACACAGGAUAGGAAGCAAAGGAAGCACUCACAGCUGGGCAAUGGCUCUGUGCCCUCCUGAAGCAAAGUGUAAAUGUGCUUCGUUUAAGGAUAGUCUUGGGAGAGGAGCAAGGGGGGUGGAGCAUGGACACCAACGCCAUAGAUACUCCAGGGCUGGAGCACCCACAGAAAAAAAAUAGGGCUGCCAGUGGGUGCUAAGUACCCACUAUGGGUCAGUGCCUCUUCCUCCCCCACAGUGCCUCCCACCUGCCUGUCACCCCCCAAUCAGUUCCUCCCCCUCUUUCCAACGCCUCCUGUGAUCAGCUGUUCCGUGGUGUGCUGGAGGCAUUGGAGGGGGAGAAGCAGGAACAGUGAGAGAGGUCACAUUACAGUGGCUGCUCCAGAGCCUUUACAGCUACAAGUAAUUCUCCACCCACUCUGGGAAUCAGAGGAUAUGCCUGUAAAGGAUUCAGACAGCAGUCUGAGCUGCUUAUAAAAGUCAGCCACAGGGACAGGGACAAAUAAAGUGGAGGCGAAGCCAAAGAUUGCUUUGAUCCUUACUGCAACAGGCACAGAAGUCCCAGAUGGUGGUAGAGAAAGAGAGGAAAGUUUUGCAGAAAUAUCAAAAAUGUCUGAGGCUCAUUGUGUUCUUAGAAAAAAAUGUUACUUAUGAGAGAGAGAGAUGAGUCAGGACAAGAACACAGAAUGAAGGGGAAACAAUCGAGUUCUGUCAAAGAUUUAAAGCUAAAAAAUCAGUCCUGUGACUAUGGAAUUGUAAAAGAUUCUCUCAUUAAAGACCAAAUUAUCCUGGGGUGUAACAAUAAAAAAGGCUGUGAAUGGUUAUGAAGGGAGAUGGAUCUGUCACUAGAAAGGGAAAUAUGUUUAGUAAGCCACUUUGUUUUCAGUUUAAACUGAUUUUUACUGAAAAUUUCCCAGGUUUUCAAAAAGUAUUAUUCUGUUUUUUCUGAUUUUCACCCUACUUUUGUAUCUUUCAAAGAUAUAAAAAAUAACAUGUUUUAUUAGGGAAAUACCAUACAUGGCAUGAGAUCUAUGUAUUAUGAUCAUACAUUAGUCUGUGUGUAUAUGCGAAGCUGCCUGUUGAAGUCAGGCUAUGUAUUAAUCUAGAAGAUACACACAAUAAAUGGGUGGGCACGCAAGUGCCAAAGUGCGUGCGCAUCUGAAUGUACUGAUGAAUCUCAUGCCCACCCUGUACACGUUUCAAGCUGUUAGCAGACAACGGGUUAAAGAUCUGACAUGCUAAAAUGGGAAGAAAAUGAAAAUCUGUGUCAGAAUACGUUACAGAACACAAGGAAAUAUUCAAAAGUUUUAAAAAAACAAAACUAGGAGAAAGGGAUGAAGUUGAGUAUAUGCAGUGCAAAUGGUGUGGCCCAGUUAUUAAAUGUAAAUAGUUAUAGGCCAAUAGUUCUAAGUCUACAACAAUAAACUGUUUAUUCAAAUGAAAAGCCUUCUUUGGGGAUUAGAGAUAUGCUUUUCUUAAAUGCAGAGGUGGCCUUGUGUUUUGAGUUCUGUUUUAGUUCUGCAGCAAACCACACUGAUUAAUGGAAUUCAAAGCAUUAAUCUACUGAAUGCUUUUCUCCCCAGUCUUUCCGUCCACCAAAAUAAACCCCAAUAUUUACCUAGAAAAAUUAAUAAUAGUUUUUUGCACUGAUUUUCACCUGUUUUUGUUGUGGUAAUAAACACUGCUAAAAUCUUGGGAAAAAUUAAAUUAAAUAAAAACUGAAAACAAAGGGCCCUAUGUACAGGCCAGGCAGCAGAACAAACCAAGGCAAACAAAAGGGCUAGAGAGAAGCACAGAGCAUAUUGCUUUGGUUACUGUAGCUAAACCAACAAGAGAAAAGUUCCCAGAAAUUAAACUGGCCAGGGACAGAAAAAUGGAAAGCAGGAAACAACGUCAGUGAUGUGGCAACCAGUCUGAUUAUAGAAAAUAGCAGCAUUUGGGCAGAUAUGUAGAAACUGUAAUAAACCCAACCAUUAUACUAAAAUGUGCAGAGAAAGCAGGAACGUUCAUGUAUUAAAUGCAGAAAGGGAUUCCUCAGGUGAAGAGGAACUGCUGUUCUAAAGCAAAUAGAGGAGGGUGAAAACUCGAAAGAUUGGCAAGACGCAAGAUAGACACUCGGCCGCAAAUAAUGUAAUAACACAAACUGAAAUAGAGAUGUAAGGAGCAUGGAAAAGUGGAAGAGUUGAAAGCGUCUGUGAAGACUAUGAUGGAGGAACAAUGCCAGUGUUGCGAGAGUGAACGCUGACACUUCAGUACAAAUGGAAAACGAUAAAGCAGGAGUUUGUGGUGGUACAGAGGCCAGUCCAGCCUUGGGUCUGCACAAGCAUCAGGAGUUUGGUCUCAUGAAGAGGACGCAUAAACCUCAGAGAGACAGGAAGACAGGCAGAACCAGAUACGAAAGUAUUAAGAGCAGCAAUGAAGAGGUGUUCCCAAGAAACAGGUGCCUCCCAGUAACAGCCAUUAGGCGGUUAGAAGAAGAUGCAGAACCUAUGGUACAUACUAUGUGACGUUUCACACCCCUUAGGAAAGAGGGUAGAAGAAGAGCUGUGAAACAUGACAAUAAAUGGUAUGAUUUGGAGAAUAGAAGAGCCGGCAGAUUGGGCUCCCUCCUUAGAAACUAGAGAAAAAAAGGAUGGAGACUGUGGCUGUGUAUGGUGCUGAACAAAACAGAAAAAGUGCACUUGGCCGCAAGGAGUGAAUUCCUAUCUGAGAUGGCAGGAGCCAAACGCCUCACCAAAUUAGAUGCAUUGGCAAAGUAGUGGCAGACCCUCUUAGACCAGGGGUCUCAAACUCAAAUGACCACAAGGACCACAUGAGGACUAGUGCACUGAACCGAGGGCCACAUCAGUGACACUCCCCAUCGCUGCCUCUGGCCCCAUCCCCACUCCACCUCUUCCAUUAAGGCCCACCUCUGACCCACCUCUUCCCUGCCCCAAUCCAAUCCCUUCCUUGAAGUCCCCACCUCAACGCUGCCCCCAGGGUGUGCAGAAAGGGUGCAGGGUGUGGCGGGGGCUCAGGGCAGGGAG